UGAGAGCCCUGAUCAAAGUGUCUAGGAAGGAGAAGUAGGAGAUGUAGUGAGAGAGGGAAGAAUGAGAGAUAGACAGGAUCUCGGGAAAGCCGGGGUUUUUACGGGCUUUGAGGUGAUGAAUUGCUGCGAAAUGAGCCUAGAAGAAAAUCUUCGGGAAUAGACGACUAGAGAAAAGAUAGACUGAAUUUGCUCUCUAGCACCUACAAGUCUGGACCAGUCAGGACCACCUGUCAACGUCAAAGGGCCAAAGGGACGCCAGUUAUUUGUCCACCCCGUAGCCAUAUCACGUGUAAAUGAUCACAUGACGCAUCAUAGCAUCAAAAAAAUUCACCAGCGAUGACUCCCAUCACACCAUCAUGAAGUUCUUAACCACCAAUUUCGUCACCUGUGCCGUCAAGGGAUGCCUGAGCUCGCUCGAGGCCUUCCCCUUGAAAUACGAAGACUGCCAGCUCGUGCAGGAAGAGACUGAAUACAAGCCUGAGUUCAUAAGCCAUAUGCUCGAGAGAUUGGAGUGGAAUGCCAUCGUGCAAGUCGCCAAGGAUCUUGGAAACGACUCGUUACCUGCCACCAAGCCUGAGGGAUUGGACCCAAUCAUGGAAGACAGCCAAGCUGUGUUGAAAGAUUUGCAUACCUUACUCAUGGAGACCCAGAUCGUGGAGGGCAAGAUGAGCUGCAGGAACUGUGGCCAUGUGUACCACAUCAAGAACUCGAUCCCCAACUUCCUUUUACCCCCACACUUGUGCUAGUCACCCCCUUCAUACUCCUAAUAGACAAAAAGUUACCAUUUGUAGAAGACCUUGGAGCGAAUGAAAUGGAAUUAUCAAUUUGCUGAGAUUGGAAAAAGGGUCAGAUUAGUGAAAUAGUAGAGAUUUCUAUAUCAAAAGGUAAGAUCAGCAACAAUCUAUCGUGGGUACCAUUUUCGGCAUAGUGAUUUCCCCUCAACAAGACAAAGUUGGUCUUUUAUUAAAAGAUGUAUGUUAUCACCUAAUCGAGAAUAUAACACCGAAGAUGACCCUAUGAAAUGCACGAGCGAAGAUAAACUCUGGAAGCAUUUAGACUAAAAAUAGUCAUUUAGGCUCAUAUUCAGCUGAUUUAAUAGCAGGUGAUUGAAGUAUUUCUGUGCAUAAUGCCACAUCUAAAAAAAGAUAUAGGCCAAUGAU